CACAAGUGAGGCUGUCAUUUGAUUCUCCAUCACCAGAAGAUCUAUCAUCUUACAGGAAUCAGAAUAAUGCUGAAACUCUGGACUCUCCUUUUUGCCUCUGCGCUGAUCAUCUGUCAGAUGUAUGUCUCGCAGGCAGCUCCUUCCAGUAGUAAGAUGGAGUCAGAUGGAGUCACACUAUCCAAUGAUGACGCCCAGAGGUUACUCAGAGCUAUUAAGGAGUUCAUGCAGAUAACUUCAGAUGAGCAAGACCAACAAACAGCUGAUGGAAACAGCUUGGAUAGACCCAUGUCUAAGCGCUGCACCGGCUUAAGCACGUGUGUGCUGGGCAAACUCUCCCAGGACAUUCACAAACUACAAACCUAUCCCCGCACCGACGUGGGAGCAGGGACGCCCGGCAAGAAGCGAAGUCUAUCUGAGCAAUUUGAAAGCUACAUCAACUCAUACAACUGAAACUCUCCCUUUCUAGCCCAUCCCGUCUGUCUGAGUUAACUUUUGCUUGUUCGCCCGGCUCUCUCCACUCACAAGACUGCUGAUGCAUGUGGAUCCUAUCUUCCUGACUAACUUCACAGAAACGUCCUUGCUUUAAUUUCCCCCCUGGCAGACUUUAGAUAUUAAUAGAGACUUGAAAACUUAGU